AUGCAAACAACCACAAAGGUGACGCAUAGGUUCGGCCUAGCAAGCGAGGAGGCCUGCUACAUCCUCACGGUGGAGUCGCAGGCUGCGAUUGAGCUGAUCUCCCUGCGGGCUGACGUUGAAGUGGACUUGCUUGAUCAUUCUGGCACGGGGGCGAUUCUUUCGCGAUCCAAGGGCGACCCGCAGAAUCCGCUGUUAGCGACGUACCGCAUGCAGGAAGAAGGCACCCGGUUCCAGAUACGCUUGCGGACCAUUGAAGGUCUGAGUGGAACACUUUCGGCCUUCGUGGUUCCUGCCACGCAGCCCAAAACUGCGCAUCUCAUCAGCGUGUCCAUCAAGCCGUUAGCUUUGCACGAGAAGAUUGCCGAAGCUUCUGCGGACGUUCCGAUGAACGAGCUGCGCCUGACCGGGCCUUUUUCCGUGACGGACAUGCACUCAUGGCUCGCUCUUUGUGUUAAUGAACUUCCAUCCCGACCAACAGAUGAUGAAAUGGUGAUCAGCUACAGGAGCACCUUUGUUGGCACUCAGCUCUAUGGGAGGUAUUCCAAGGGCACAGCAAUCUUCAGAUCGGAUUCGAUCACCACCAUCGGAGUCUUGAAGGAUAUCAUUACGAAGGAGGCCACGGCAAAGAAGGUUCAGGUUUCGAUGAAUGUGGACGUGAAGGAGGAAACGUUUGGCAGAUUCUUGGAACUGGUGCACCCGAAGCUGAAUUACCAGCACGCCUUGACGCAACAAGUGCGUAUGGUCGAGCCGCUGCGAGAGGUGCAGCUCCAGGAGGGCGAAACCAAGUUCCUUCAUCCAGAAUUGCAGUCGGUGCUGGAGCAGGCAGCUGAAAUCCAGCAGCAGUUCCAGCUCCAGCCGCAAAAGCUGGCCUUCCUCCAUAGCAUCGUCAUAUCUGCAUACAGGCAUAAAUGGCGACUUCGCGGCUACCAAAGCGUGGAGCACAGGAUCAAGGACUUGCAAAGACUCUUGGAGUCCUACAACUUGGAAGUGGUUUCUGCCUUCUUCAGCGAGUCCAUCGACUGA